AUGAGGUCACCGGUCAACUUCAUACUGACCGCUCUGGCGAUCGCUGACAUUAUGACCAUGUCGCCAUAUACAGUCAUGGCCAUGUACCUCUACAUUUUAAACAAGCCUGAGUGUUCUGAAGCACACACAGAACCAUGGAUGUACUUUGUCAUGUUUCACAACCUCUUCAUUAUCGCCUGCCACAUGAUGGCCACAUGGCUGACAGUCUCCCUCGCUGUGUUUCGCUACAUCUUCGUCUGCAAGCACCAGCACGCUUCGACCAUGUGCUCUAUGAAGCGGGCCCAAAUUACGGUCCUUAUCGUCUUUAUGGUCACCAUCGUCUCCAACACACCCUACCUGUUCAUGUACCAGGUCUCUAUACAGAACACCACCACCACCGAAUUCUGCUACUGGGUAGCCUUAUCCGAAUUUGCCUACAAGCACCAGAUGUUCAUCAACUUCGUCCACUGGCUCUACGGCGUGGUCAUCAAGAUCCUGCCGUGUAUCCUUCUCGCCUACCUCUCGACCCUGAUAGUUAUCGCCAUGCAGAAGGCCAAGAAACGGCGCGCCCGCCUACUGAACAACAUCUCCCGGGUGAUUGACCACGACAGCAGCAAUGAACACAACCGCACCACCAUGAUGCUGGUGGCUGUUGUCUUGUCUUUCAUCAUCACGGAGAUCCCCCAAGGUCUGGUCGCCUGGAUCAGCGCUGUAGACAAAUACUUCUACCACAACGUGUACUUCCAUCUCGGAGACAUUAUGGACAUCCUUGUGCUCAUCAACAGCGCCGUCAACUUUAUCCUCUACUGCAUUAUGUCCAAGCAGUUCCGCGACACGUUCAUCAACGUCUUCUUUGCGAAAUGCCUUCCCCGCUUCUUGCACCGGCUCAAGCAACACCCGAAUGGCGGCGACUAUAGGAUGGUAAACACGGAAACCACUAACGUCUGA